AUGUUUUUUCUCAACAAAAAGAAUGAAGAAAUUGAUGCCUCCACUCAAAAUCUGGAAUCUGACAUAUCAAUACCUUCGAAGUCAACGUCAAUUACAACCUUAUCAAGUCAAACAGAAGAUAAAGUCAAAACGAAUUUAAAGAGGACCACAGAAUCUCAUCUACCUCCAGAAUAUCCUAUCAAACCAGUGAGGAGAAGGAAAUUUAAUUUAACUAAAGAACAACUGAACAAAUAUAAUGACAUUCUUAAACAUUUUGAAAGUUUUAUUGAAAAAGAUAUACCUAUAAAUGAAAGUGUGAAUGCUGAGAAGCAUCCUAUAACCAAUCAAGAAAAGGCAUGGCUAACAAAAGAGUGCUUUUUAAGAUUUUUAAGAGCAUCAAAUUGGGAUCUAAACGCAACUAUAAAAAGAAUGGAAGAAACAAUAAUAUGGAGAAGAAGUUUUGGUUUAGUGUCGAUUCCAAAUGUAAUAGACUCAGCAGAUUUGAUAACUUCGGACACCGUGAGUCAUGAAAAUUCAUCAGGAAAACAACUAGUCUAUGGGUAUGAUUCAUUAGAAAGUAGACCAAUAUUGAUUUUAAGAAAUGGAUAUCAAAAUACUAAAUCAGGUCUAGGACAAGUGAAACACUUAGUAUAUAUGUUGGAGUCAGUGAUAAAAUUCAUGCCACCAGGUCAAGAUCAAAUUGCAUUACUCAUAGAUUUUGGAGCAGCUCCAAAAGAAUUAAACUUAUCAGCUUCAUUUCCAUCAUUGUCAAUUACUAAACAAUCUUUACAUAUUUUGCAAAAAUCAUACCCCGAAAUAUUAGGCGUAGGGCUAUUUCAUAACUUACCUUGGAUAGCCAAUGCAUUUAUGAAAAUUUCAAGACCAUUUGUUGAUCCAUAUACAAUGUCUAAGACCCAUUUUGACCUGUUUCAGAACUUUGUCCCUAAAGAACAAUUGUUUGCAGAAUAUGAGGGUGAUGUUGAGUUCAAAUAUGACCACGAACUUUACUGGCCGAAAAUGAAUGAAAUUGCAGACAAAAAAUAUAAGGUAUAUAUGGAAAAUUUUGAAAAGUUAGGUGGAACAAUUGGAUUAAGUGAAUAUGAUUUAAGGCUAGACGAAACAUAUUUAAACGGACUUCUAGCUAGAGAAGAAGUAGAGUUAUAG